GGGAAGGUCUACACUGAGGUAUUACUGUCAGAUUUCUACAGAGACUGUUAGAUGUGAAGGAUUUAAAACUAUAAGCUUGUUGUGUCUGAGAGACUAUCAUCAUUUAUAAAGUCUUCUCCUGCAAAUGAAGUUUAAAUAUGAGAAGUACUAAUGAGGCAUCAUCUGUUCCGAACACAUCUUAUGAAGAAUUGAAGAAGGAAAAUGACCAGUGUUCAGGUUAUGGGAAGAUAUUUAGUUCCCAAAGUAAUUUGAAAAAAGAUCAAGUUCACAUGGGAGAGAAGCUGUAUUCCUGCUCACAGUGUGGGAAGUGUUUUGCUACUUCUAAUCAUCUUGGGAGACACAAACACACUCACACUGAAAAGAAGCCUUAUCUCUGUUCACAGUGUGGGAAGUGUUUUACCUUUCCUAGUAACCUCCAAAUACACCAGCGCACUCACACAGGAGAGAAGCCGUAUCAUUGCUCACAGUGCGGGAAGAGUUUGACCUCUGCUCGUAGUCUCCAAAUACACGAGCGCAUUCACACUGGAGAGAAGCCGUAUCCCUGCUCACAGUGCGGGAAGAGUUUUACCUCUGCUGGUAGUCUCCAAAUACACCAGCAUAUUCACACAGGACAGAAGCCCUAUUUCUGUUCACAGUGUGGAAAGAGCUUUACCUUUGCUAGUUACUUCCAAAUACACCAGCGCAUUCACACUGGAGAGAAGCCGUAUCCCUGCUCACAAUGUGGGAAGUGUUUUACCUCUCCUAGUAACCUCCAUAUACACCAGCGCACUCACACAGGAGAAAAGCCGUAUCAUUGCUCACAGUGCGGGAAGAGUUUUACCUCUGCUCGUAGUCUCCAAACACACCAGCGCAUUCACACUGGAGAGAAGCCGUAUCCCUGCUCACAGUGUGGAAAGUGUUUUACCUCUCCUAGUAACCUCCAAACACAUCAGCGCAUUCACACAGGAGAGAAGCCGUAUCCUUGCUCACACUGUGGGAAGAGUUUUACCUCUGCUGGUAAUCUCCAAAUACACCAGCGCAUUCACACUGGAGAGAAGCCGUAUCCAUGUUUACAGUGCGGGAAGAGUUUUGCUUCUCCUAAUUAUCUCCAAACACACCAGCGCAUUCACACUGGAGAGAAGCCUUAUCCUUGCUCACAGUGCGGGAAGAGUUUUACCUCUGCUGGUAGCCUCCAAAUACACCAGCGCACUCACACUGGAGAGAAGCCCUAUUUCUGUACACAGUGUGGAAAGAGCUUUACCACAGCUAGUUACUUCCGAACACACCAGCGCAUUCACGCUGGACAGAAGCCGUAUCUCUGCUCGCAGUGUGGGAAGAGUUUUGCUUCAUCCGAUCGUGUUCGAAGACAUGAGCGCAUUCACACACAAGAGAAGCCAUAAAAUUUACAACAUAGUAUGUGUUGCUGUCACUUCUAAAUACCCUGUUUAGAAAAAAUAGAUAUAUAAAACAUCAGAAGUCAAUUCAUUGGACUUAAAUAAACAAAGAAAUAAUCAAAGAGGUUUUAACUUUCUUGAACUGGGUUAUAGUAAUUUUAAAGUUACAUUUCUUUUAAAGAGAUUACUGAACCGUCAAGAAGAACCUUUGGAAGAAUUGUGUUCAGGAGGAAAAACCAUGAUUGGCGAUCACCCGAACACUGGGAGAACUUGCAUGGCAAAAUUUUAAAAGAUUAAACUGUAGGUAUGUUUUUAAUAGUGAGAGUCAGAGCAUUUCUAUACACAUACGUGAUAAGAACGUUCAGGAUUGGGACUAAACAGGUGUGUUUAUAAAAAAAAAACACGUGUUUCUAAGACUCCUCAGAAAAAGGGCUUGAUUUGGUCCAGAUUGAGCCUAUCCCAGAGCAAUGUGUGCAUCAGAGUAAGAAUGGAAGCGUAUGAAGCAAUUCAUCCAUCAUUUAUAGUGGCCACUAUACAAGCCUAUGGCGGCAGUGGUAAAUCUUUGUUUGUUUCAGUUGCUCAGGUCUAGGCUCAGCAACGUUAUGUGUGAAUAAAAUGAAGUCAGCUGACUACCUGAAUGAACUGGGUAUUCCAUCUAUGAGUUUUUCCUUUCCUGAUGACGCAGCCAUAUUCCAGGAUUCAGAUUGUGAAAGAGUGGUUUUGA